ACAAUUGCCGUCACGUAAGAUAACAAUUGUAAAAUAACCUUGAUACGUACAAAAGCCUUUGGGAUAUUAAUGAAUCGCGUAUUUGUGAUUCGCGCGUGCGAAGAGCCGUUGAAGGAGUGGGAGAGCCGCGUGGGGAUCACAACGUCGCAUUGACUCCGCGAUUCGUGGGUGCAAGGGAGCCGCCUCAGAAGGUGAGUUGUGUGCUGUAUACACAUACAUGUGUGCUCUCAUACGCGCGUCCAGUCUGUACUGUAGUUGACGUGUUCAGCGAAGAGGUCAGCACAAGCUAGCGAGGCGCUGAAAGUUAAAGCCGUUGCACGAUGUGGAGAAGCCAGUCAGAAACUCAGAAUUGUGUGUGACGUCACUGCGAGCGAACGAGCGAGCAAGAGUACUGUGAGAGCGCUGGCGACGACGAGAUAUCAUACUCUCUCGCGGGUCGGCCAUUUUGUGAGCGUGUGCACAAUAUCGGGCGCAGGAUAAUCAUAGUGUUCUGGUUGUGCGGCUGGCAAAUGCUUAUAGAAGCCGGUGCGCUUGAGAGCGAAUGAACGUCGACAUCGAGGAAACGAGAUAAAGCUUGGCCCGAGAACAUCCUCGCCGCCGGCUCAACAACUCCCACUCGCGCUCUCUGUCUCACUCUCACGGUAGCGCUCGCACUCGUUCUCUUUCUCUCUCACACUCACACGCUGACGAACCCACGAGACGAAGAACGCCGAGUUCAAAAUCGUUGCGCAAAACCCGACGAUGGAGGAAAAGACAUCACUCAAAGAACUCGACCAGUGGAUUGAACAGUUAAACGACUGCAAACAACUGACAGAGAGCCAAGUCAAGACCCUCUGCGACAAGGCAAAAGAAAUAUUAGCAAAGGAGUCCAAUGUUCAAGAGGUGAAAUGUCCUGUAACAGUGUGUGGAGACGUCCAUGGGCAGUUCCAUGAUUUAAUGGAAUUGUUCCGGAUAGGCGGAAAAUCUCCAGAUACAAACUACCUGUUCAUGGGUGACUAUGUUGAUCGUGGUUACUACUCUGUUGAGACUGUCACUCUUCUUGUAGCAUUAAAAGUAAGAUAUAGAGAAAGAAUAACCAUCCUACGAGGCAAUCAUGAGUCCAGACAAAUUACACAGGUGUAUGGGUUUUAUGAUGAAUGUCUUCGUAAAUAUGGCAAUGCUAAUGUUUGGAAGUUUUUCACGGAUUUGUUUGAUUAUCUACCUCUGACUGCAUUAGUAGAUGGUCAAAUCUUCUGUUUGCAUGGUGGACUUUCUCCCUCUAUUGAUACACUGGAUCAUAUCCGUGCAUUAGAUCGCCUCCAGGAGGUACCACAUGAAGGACCUAUGUGUGACUUGCUAUGGUCAGAUCCUGAUGACAGAGGAGGGUGGGGAAUUUCUCCUAGAGGUGCUGGAUACACCUUUGGUCAGGAUAUUUCAGAAACAUUUAAUCACUCUAAUGGUUUAACACUCGUUUCCCGUGCUCAUCAAUUGGUUAUGGAAGGCUAUAACUGGUGUCACGAUCGCAAUGUUGUGACCAUUUUUUCGGCACCUAAUUACUGUUAUCGCUGUGGUAAUCAAGCUGCAAUCAUGGAAUUAGAUGAUGCUUUGAAAUAUUCAUUCCUUCAAUUUGAUCCAGCACCAAGACGCGGCGAGCCACACGUCACCAGGCGAACGCCAGACUACUUCCUGUAAAGUGUCAAAUCUAAAGGGAGUAGAUAUUAAGGUAGGGGAAUGGAUUGAUGCUGGCUUUAUAAAGAUGCCACAGAACAUAACCUAUAAUAGAACAUCGGUAUGAGUGUAAGGCCCCGAGCUACCCUUACACGCCAUAUAUAGUCUCAAGUAUUAUAUAAUGGCUCGCGUUAUGGUGUCUCCUAAAGAGACUAAUUGCGCGCUCGCGUGUUUGCGCGUGAAUACACCAUACACGUAGAUUCAACAACACUUGUACACAUUAAGGAGAUAAAAGAAAAAAGAAACAAACCAAUAAUGUACACAUGUACCAAGUAAAUUCACCUAAAAGCAUUGAGUUUGACGAUUUUCAUUAUAUGGCUUGUAUUUUUAUUGAAGAAAACGAUUAUGGACACAAUAUUAAUAUGUAACCGUUAUUUAUAAAACGGCCGAAAAAGAUAAGCGACGGUAAUGUUCUAAAACCCUGAGUGAAUGUUAACUUAUUGAGUGAUUAAAAAAAUUUGCUGGAGGGAUACGCGUCAUUUUCCUAAUUGUACUGCAAAGAUGACUAUAGUCGUUGACGGUUAUGAAAUGAGUAUCAAAAUGAAAAAAAAAUAUCUGUAUUUAAGAAUAUCUCGCGUUCUUACUGGUGUGAAAGAAGCGUGAAUUGUUUCUCCAAGCAAGAGCAUACCGAGCGUGCAAAAUGAGGGUUGAUGCAACAGUGACUUUCACCCCAUGUUUUUGCCUGUGCUUUAUAUAUGGCAUUUGAUAACAAUGAAGUUCAUAUUCAUUACUGCUUGUUUCUUACGAUUGUCAAACACAGUGUUCUUAGAGCUUAUUGGGUGGUUUCUGUCAGUCCCUGUAUCAUUGAAAAAAACAAACAUUUACGACAUAAAUCGGAGUCUUAGUGGACCAUGCGUUUUCUCUAACCACGUUUCAUUUCGAUACAUUUACUAAUGUGUAAAAAUAAUAAUUGUCGGAUCGAAUUUAUUUAACACAAAAAGAAUCAUCGAAUUUUAUACUUUUUUGUCCCUCUUUCUAUCUUUCUUCUACCAUUAGAGAAAUAAAGGAAGAGUUUAAUGAGAAAAUACUUUUUCUACUUACUUAAGAAAUGGUUUUUUUUAAUGUACCAAUACGCACCUUUGGCAUUUACUUUAUUUGUCUUAUUAUUUUGUGUUACAUCAGAUUUUUAUUGCGUUUCAACUUGUAAGUGAAGUUUAGAUACUUCUGUCUGAAAAAAUUUGUACCUUUUUAUCUACUUUAAGACCUCGAAUAUUAUAUAUAUAUAUAUGAAUCGCCGAAACGAAGGAUACUAAGACGCGUCGUGACACUUUUGCAUCAAUCCCUGAUAAAUAGUACUUUUCGAUAAAACAAAGAAAUAACAUAGCGCACCUGAUGCAUUAAAUCACAAUAAGUAUGUUGAAAGUUAAAUGAUGUUCUUAAUGAAACUGAGCUUUUUACUGAUUUAAAAAUAAAUUUAAAGCUAAAGGAAAUGUUUCAGACGAAUAAACACAAAUCUGUAAAUCAAGCCAAAAUGAACUAAAUUUGUUGUGUCAAAUGAUUUGAAUAUUUGUAUAUGAUCUGUUUUUUUCUGUGCGAUUGAACCCAAAGUUAAUAAAGCGAAGUAAUUAAAACAGAAUUAAAAUGAAAAAAAGAGCUGCAGAUGUAUUCUUAGAUUUAAGUAUACAAAUUAAACAUUAUACAUAAUGAAUCAAUACUGAAAUAGCGCUGCUAAAAAGGUGGCUUUCUUAAAAACCCAUAACGUAAUGAAGUGCCGAGGCGAACGCGAACGACGUGACGAUACAAAUGUAGACCACAUGUAGUAGCAAUUUGUCAAGACUGUGAAUCGGUGAAUUCAACUAUCUACGAGACAAUUUUUUAACUCAAAUUUUGCCCAGUCCCCCUUUUCAGACAUAUUUACCAUAAGACGUUGCACUUCUUUUUUUUUUUUUAAUUGUGAAUUCGUUAUGUAUAUCUGAUCACGGAACGCCUGUACUUGCUCUUGGGAAAGUUGAAUGGAUUUAUACAGAAACAUAAAUAGCAAGCAAACCAAUAAAAAAUGAAUAAAACCGAAAAGUAACAGUUCCUUUGACUUCGACUUUGACUUUUUCGAAUUUUACUGCGUACUUAUUUAUUUGUACGGACUUUCAGAUAAGGGCUUUUGCAAAAUAGCAUAAUUUGUAACGAUUAAUGGAAUCAAUCUAAAUUUACAUGCCGAGAAUUUACAUGGUCAUUGAAACACACGCGUAUUUCAAUGUACACUUCUGUGUACUUCUAUUUGACUUUUUACAUAUAGCUCACGAUUAUACGCGACGAGAAAGGACAAAAUUUCGCGUUCUAGAAAACUCAAACAUAAAACAAACUAAUUAAAAUCAUAUAGUAUAAACGAUAAGAAUCGAAUGAGUUGUCUAGCAGUAUCACAUUAUGAAUGAAAAAUGUCAUAGACACUUAGAAAUUGUAUAGCUAAUUUUGUAUUUGCUCUGUAUUUACUAUAUUCACGAGUACUUUUACGCCAGACACGCGAACACCUAUUCGAAGGAGUAAAAGGGGCGCACUUUAGUCGAAAAAUCUAAUCAAUAAAAGAAAGCUAACGGCACGCUGACGAGAGUAAUGUGUAGGACGUGAAUCGUAAUAUCAUUCUUCAUUUGAUGUCGUCAUAUCCUUUAUUUGGGAGACUCGUUUCUUUCGUUUGGCAGGCGUCCGUUGUAAAGCAGACAGCUUUGAUAUCGACGAAUCGCGUUGUAGCGAAAGGUAUAAAACAAAAUAAUUAAAAUAAAAAAAUGCUUCGCCCCCCUUUUUAUAAGAAGAAACACAAAGAGAGAAAGUGAGAUACAAUACGCGAGAUUUUCACGAGAAUUAACAAAAAAAACCGUAUUAGCGAGCAAGUUGACUCGAACACGCCCGGCAAUAUUUGUUAUAUUGAAGAGAAAAAGAAAAAGUUAAAAGGCUGAAGCAACACGUGUCACUUUUUUCGUAACAUUCUUUUUUUUCGGCAUAUGAAUGACAAAGACGUUACCGACGCGUUUGACGAGGUAGGAAUGCGAGAGCGUCGAAAUUGAAAAGGAAGAUUGUAAAUCUAGAAUGCUGUCAAGCUCCGACAAUAAACACGUAACAUUUGAAAUUCAUAAGCUUUUAGAGAGAGAUUGUCCCGAAGCUAAAAAUGAAACCAUUGAGAGCAUUCGAUUAAAAGGCAAUUUUAGACUUUUCUAUGGUCAACGCAAGUUAUAUGCGAAUAUUGUCUGCGCUUCGUCACAUAUUGUAUACCAUAAAUUUGCUUGUUCAUUACGUUUCUGGGAAAUUCUAAAGAGGGAGAGAGAGAAUUCUCAGUUGCACUCGGCAAGCGUGUCUAAUGUGUGUUCGUAGCAGUCAACUUGCGCUUGCUGCCUUUCAAAUGGCAAGAUUUUUUUCUUCUUCCCCUUGAUAAUCACAAUAACUGAGUUAUUUGCGUGCGGCUUGCCGUUUUACGCCGGGCCGUACUACAUACCGUGGCAUUCGUGACCAAAACAAAUCAUGCAUUCAACGUGAAUUUUACAAUUAAAUAAUACAUAUGAAGUAAGCGAUAAUGCUGCUCUGCUGAAUCUGCUGAGUUUUGUGUCAUCGUAUCACAGUGAGACGAAUUUAAAUACAGUUAUUGUAUUUCGAUGCGAGUGUUGGUCCCUCAUCUUCGAACUUUUGAUUCUUUUAAUUUUCAAACCAUUAUCAGAUUAUUCGAAAAAUGGCAAAAAAUAAAUAAAAUACA